AUUGUUUUGACUGAACAGGAGAUCGAGGGUGUGUGUUUAACUUAGUCAAAACAAGCAGGCUACUACAAGAAUCACAGCACCAAAACAAGGAACAUAUGUUCUGUAGGACUGGCAUCACAAAGUACGGGUUGAUGGAGCCAGACUUGGAUUAAACUAAGUACUGUGACACAACAUCUGUAAAGAAGAGAGGAGGAGAGACGUCAAGAGCAGAAACAUCUGUAAAUCUCUAAGAGUUCCCUAAUCUGCAUAUUCAUACCACGGGAACCACAGACUGUUUGUGGUUUGACAUCUUGUGACUGUCAUUGACACAACAGACCAAACUCAUCAUAAUGGAAUCUCUCUCACAACAAGAGUCCAUUCUAGAUUGUCAGAUCUCACAACAAGACUCCAUGUUAGAAUGUCAGAUCUGUUUCAACUAUUACAGUUUGUGGCGUAGGCCCAAGCUCCUGGACUGCCAGCACACCUGCUGCUCAGUGUGCUUGACCCAGAUGAGGAUGAGCCAGAGUGAGCUGCGCUGCCCCUGGUGUCGCUGUGUCACCACUUUGCCCCCAGGGGUCUCUGUCUCCCAACUCCUAGAUGACCCGGACACUAUGGCCAUCAUCUCUGUCCCAUACACACCUGUCUUCAUGCGGCUGCCGUGUAACACCUACCUUCCAGUAGAACACCAUGAGAGGGCUACAGGGAUGGAGGAGGAACAUGGAAUGAGGGAAGGGGAGGAAGGUUUCCCAGCUGACCUCUAUCAAGACACCCAUGUCAACUGGAUUCCCACUGUGAAGAGGAGCAACAUCAGUUUCUCCUUCAUCUUGAUCAUGUUCCAAAUAUGAAAGGAGUGUCGUGGAAAUGUCCUCUAUUUACCAAAUCAUGAGCGCAAACCACAACACAAGUCAGAGUUAGUUAUCAAAGUCCAUCUUUAAUUAUAUGAGCUCUAUCACACCCCUGUGACUCUCAGAUCAAUUCAGUGUCUA